AUCUCAUGGGCAUGUUCGAGAAGCGCAGGUUCCGGAAGUUCCUCGUCUUCGUGGCCAAUUUUGACGAGAACGAGCCCCAGACGCUGGAGGGGGUCGACCCCCGCGGGACCCCCAUGCGGGACGUGUACGAGCGCUUCGACCUGGGGCAGGACGUGAUCGACUUCACGGGCCACGCGCUGGCGCUGUACCGCACCGACGAUUACCUGGACCAGCCCUGCCUAGAGACCAUUAACCGGAUCAAGCUGUACAGCGAGUCGCUGGCCCGCUAUGGGAAGAGCCCCUACCUCUACCCGCUCUACGGGCUGGGGGAGCUGCCCCAAGGGUUCGCCAGGCUCAGUGCGAUCUACGGGGGCACCUACAUGCUCAACAAGCCCGUGGACGAGAUCGUGAUGGAGAAUGGCCGGGUCGUGGGGGUCCGAUCGGAAGGGGAGGUGGCACGGUGCAAACAGCUGAUCUGCGACCCCAGCUACGUGCCAGAACGAGUCCGCGGGGCCGGGCGGGUCGUCCGGGUCAUCUGCAUCCUGAGCCACCCCAUCCACGGCACCAGCGAGGCCGGUUCCUGCCAGAUCAUCCUGCCACAGAACCAGCUGGGACGCAAGUCGGAUAUCUACGUCUGUCUGGUUUCCUGGGCCCACAAUGUGGCCGCGCCCGGGAAGUUCAUCGCCAUUGUCAGCACCACGGUGGAGACGUCGGAGCCAGAGCGGGAGGUGGAGCCGGCGCUGCAGCUGCUGGAGCCCAUCGACCAGAAGUUUGUGGCCAUCAGUGACUUGUACGAGCCCAUGGACGAUGGCACGGAGAGCCAGGUGAGCGCCCCG